AUGGUCUACCGAGACCCAGACAGAAAUAACUUGCCCAGGUUGGCGAUAGCCUUGGACCCAAACCGGCUCUCAGAGGAACAAGGAAUCGCGCUGAAUAGCCGGGUCCAGUCCCAGUUGCUUUUGUCUAGUGACAUACCUGAGAAAGGCAAUAGCUGCCCCCAUACAUUGCCUGCUGGGGCUAUGCAGGCCAUGGGCCAGUGGCAGCUUCUGGGGGCCCUGCUCUCCGUGCUGGCACUGUGGCCCCAUCCGGCUCAGGGGGCCACCCGGGAAUACUACCUGGGCAUCCGAGAAGUCCGUUGGAACUACUCACCAAAGGAGAAGAACAUCAUCACGGGCAAGUCAGUGAAAGAUGACAAGGUAGCUGCUGGUUUCCUGGAGCCAGGCAAGGACCGAAUAGGAAACAUCUACCAUAAGGCUGUCUACAAGGAGUACUCGGACAGCUCCUACAUCACUGAGGUGCCCCGGCCCACCUGGCUGGGCUUCCUGGGCCCUGUGCUUCGGGGGGAAGUAGGGGAUGUCAUCCUGGUUCACCUGAAGAACUUCGCCAGACGCCCCUAUACGAUCCACCCCCAUGGAGUCUUCUACGAGAAGGACUCGGAAGGUUCCCUGUACCCAGAUGGCACCUCUGGGAGGCUGAAAGCAGAUGAUGCCGUCCCCCCUGGGGGGAGCCACACCUAUAAUUGGACUAUACCCGAGGGCCACGCACCCACCCAUGCUGACCCUGCUUGCCUCACCUGGAUCUACCACUCCCACGUGGAUGCUCCCCGAGACAUUGCCUCUGGCCUCAUUGGGCCUCUCAUCACCUGCAAAAGAGGUGCCAUCUCCUAGGGAAGGCGACGGGACGUGGACCGAGACUUCUUCCUGCUCUUCAGUGUGGUGGAUGAAAACUUGAGCUGGUUCCUGGAGGAGAACAUUGCCUCCUUCUGUAAGGACCCUGCCUCGGUGGACAGAGAGGACGAGGCUUUCCAAGCAUCCAACAAGAUGCACGCAAUCAAUGGCUUCGUCUUUGGGAACCUGCCCGGGCUGAGCAUGUGUGCUGGGGAACGUGUGGCCUGGCAUUUGUUUGGCAUGGGCAAUGAGGUGGACGUGCACACAGCCUUCUUCCCCGGGCAGGUGUUAACAGUCCAGGGCCACCACACGGACGUGGCCUCCCUCUUCCCAGCCACAUUCGUGGUUGCCCAGAUGGUUCCCCAGGUCCCUGGUACCUUUGAGAUUUACUGUCAGGAAGGCAGCCACCUCCAGGCAGGAAUGAGGGCAUCCUACGAUGUCUCCAGGUGCCAAGGCAGAAGGUCUGAAGCCCAGCGGUACCAAGCAGUUCGCACCUAUUACAUCAUGGCUGAGGAGAUGGAAUGGGACUACUGCCCGAAUCGAACCUGGGAGAUGGGCUGGCAUAAUCAGUCAGAGAAGGAGAGCUAUAGCCACGUCUUUCUGAGCAAAGAAGAUGGGCUCCUGGGUUCUCGGUACAAGAAAGUCGUCUACAGGGAGUAUAAUGAUGGUACAUUCAGGACUCCCCGACCAAGAACUGGCCCAGAAGAGCACUUGGGAAUUCUGGGACCACUGCUCCGAGGAGAGGUUGGCGAUAUCCUAACUGUGGUGUUCAAGAACAAUGCCAGCCGCCCCUACUCUGUGCGUGCCCAUGGGGUGCUGGAGCAGGAAGCAGGCUCAGCCCGGCCUGCUGAGCCUGGUGAAGUAAUCAUGUACCAAUGGCACAUCCCUGAACGUUCAGGCCCUGGGCCUAACGACUCAGCCUGCAUCCCCUGGCUCUAUUACUCUGAUGUGGACCCCAUCAAGGAUAUGUACAGUGGCCUGGUAGGGCCCCUGAUCAUCUGCCAGCAGGGGACCCUCACAGAGGCUGGGCACCGCAGGGAUGUGAGUCGGGAGUUUGCCUUGCUCUUCCUGAUCUUCGAUGAGAACCAGUCAUGGUACCUGGAGGAGAACGUGGCAGCCUAUGGCCCACAAGGCUCAGGCCACAUCAACUUGCAAGAUGAGAACUUCCAAGAAAGCAACAAGAUGCACGCCAUCAAUGGGAAGCUGUAUGCCAACCUCAGAGGGCUGACUAUGUACCAAGGAGAGCGGAUAGGCUGGUACAUGCUGGCCAUGGGUCAGGAUAUUGACUUGCACACCGUCCACUUCCAUGCAGAGAGCUUCCUCUACCAGAAAGGAGAGAGCCACCGAGCUGAUGUGGUGGACCUGUUCCCAGGGACCUUUGAGGCACUGGAGAUGGUGGCCACCAACCCUGGAACGUGGCUGAUGCACUGUCACGUGGCUGACCAUGUCCAUGCUGGCAUGGAGACACUCUUCACUGUCCUGGCCCAAAGAGGCCAUGCCCCACUCAGCCCAUCUCAGUGGGUUACUCCCUCUGUUCCAGAAACAGCUUUUGAAGAUGUGACAGAGACCAAAGUGAAGAUCCUGGGCAUGAAAGUCCCUGAAAAGGAUGCCGAGACGCUGGCCGUGGUCCUCAUCGUUGUUGGGCUUAUCCUUCUCAUCAUUGUGGUGGUCCUGGCAGGGGUCUUGUGCUACCAGCAACGGCAGAGGAAUCUGAGACGCAAUAGGAGAUCCAUCCUGGAUGAUAGCUUCAAGCUUUUGUCCCUUAAACAAUAAGAGUUGCGCCCAGGGGCCCACAUUGGCUUUGGACAUUGGGGAUGGGAUGGGGUGGAACUUUCCAUAGCACUAACCCAUGUGAACUCUUUGCCCUAGAGUAGGUUAAAGACAAUGACAAUGACAACAACGAAGGCAACAGCCUCAAACUUCCCAGCAGCCUCUGGUGCCCCCCCAAAACUGUUAGAUAUGUCCAACUAUGAAGGUGGGCCCUGACAGCUUCCUGUCCCUUCUUUCACCCCAGAAUGUGGUGCCUGGAGAAAGAAAGAACAGGCCAACUACAGGCUCUGAGGCCCAGUCAACUGGAGGGAGAUGCCACAUCUGCUCCAAAAGGCCAAAGAAUGGGGAUAGAUGUGGGGCUAAGGAAGGCAGGGCCUGCCUUGGACCUUGAUUCUCCUUGGGGCUGAUUGCUUUAGAAGGGGUUAGGCUGGGUUAGGGGAGAUUGGUAGGUAGAAGAAUGUCAGCUCUGGAAGGCAGGUCUCUCGAUGGGCACAAGUCCAUGCCCAGAGGGAGGGCCUAGCAUGCUGUAUCCUAAUGUCAUUCAUAGCAAACACUGUUCAUUAAAGAGCUGAUGGAAUCUGGGAGCACAGGACUAAAGAGGAGGGAGGGAGGCUGCACUGACACAGAAUCCUACUGUUUUUGUAGUCCAACACCCCGCCACCCAGUGUGGGCAUCUCUUCUACAGUAUCUGUGGUGGUCAUUGGGUAUCUGGUUCAUCCCCCUACCCUUGGGAGGACCUGACCCUACCCUGGCCAGACAUUAAGGGGUCUCUCUUGCUCUCCAGAGGUCUCUUGGCAUCUCAUUCUGCUUGGGAGUAAGGGAAACAUGCCAACUAAGGGACUGAGCAGUUAAGAUGAGAGUAUUAAAGAGAGCGCUGGCUCCUCUGUUAUAUUUGGCAAGAGGGAAGGAGACUG